CGGGUUCGCCCCUUGGCGGCCUGGCGGUUGGUCGGGCCCUCCCAGGCCGCGGCCUGCUCCCGGCGGUGGGGUGGGAGCCGGUUGCGGGGCGGGCCCGGGCCUUCGCGUGUGCCGGCCGGCCCGGUGGCUCCCUUGGAGCCCGGCGGCUGCACCCUGCUGCUUCCCCGGCGGGACUGGGCCCAGCCUUUUGAGUUGGAGCCGGCAAAUGCUGCCGACAGAGCAUGGAGGAGCCCGUCGGGCUGAGGAGGAGGUGCCGAAGUGCUCCUGAGAGCGGAGUACAGGCGGGUUGUGAGGAUCCUGCUGUUGAAACAGCGGAGGAAGCUAAGGAACCAGCAGAGGCAGACAUCAAUGAACUCUGUAAAGACAUGUUCAGCAAAAUGGCCAUCUAUUUAACGGGUGAACUGACAGCCACCAGUGAAGACUACAAACUCUUGGAAAACAUGAAUAAGCUGACUAGCUUGAAGUACCUAGAAAUGAAAGAUAUUGCUAUAAACAUCAGUAGAAAUCUGAAGGAUUUAAAUCAAAAAUAUGCUGCUCUUCAGCCAUAUCUGGAACAAAUCAACCUAAUUGAGGAGCAAGUUGCAGCGCUCGAGCAAGCGGCUUAUAAAUUGGAUGCAUAUUCCAAAAAACUUGAAGCCAAGUACAAAAAACUAGAGAAACGAUGAAAUUACAACACUCUUGAAGUUGGGCUAUGAGUCGGACUGAUCUGUGUUGAAGCUGCACAACAGCAAUUCUGUAUGUUGCUGAGGAUUUGGUUACAGCUAACAUCAGGACUGGUGACUUGUGGCUGUUGAAUACAGUAGGCUGUAUUCAGGCUUAAAGACUGAACAGUGUUUUCCUCUUCUCAAGUGGUUCUGUUGCCUCAGUUGUUCUGCAGUGAAAAGCUGAAACCCAUCCCUAACCCAUACGUUGAUUCUGGCUCUCUGUGUGUUAGUCCUGCAUCCCAUGUGAAAUAACUCUCUAGGAAAAGCCCUCCAUAACCUAUAAGGAUGUUUUACUUUAGUAGCAGCAGGACCUAAACAUUCUUUUUCCUUCAUUGAGCUCUGCUUUGAGAAGGUACCUGGACCUUUGGAGCUAUGAGCAUGGUAUUGAUAACACUUCGGUUUGGUAUCCAUCUUUAUCUGUUUGAAACAGAGAGACUAGUUAUUAUAAAUUUACAAUAAAACAACUUGCUGCAUUUGUCUCUCUUGGAAUCUCAGAUUCCUGUUGGAAAAAAUAUGUAAGUUGCCUUUUUAUUUUCUCAAAGCGUCUGUUAAUAAAGACAAACUCCUUCCAGCUACUGGAGAUCA